AUGACCAAACUACUUUCUGCCGAAGAUUUUCAUAGUAGCAACACAAUAUCACUUUUCAAAUCCGCAGAAACACAAAUACACAGGUAUCUCGUCGAGUUGAUUGAGCUUCAUCCCAUAUCAGUUAAAAGUCAAAACAAUCCUGUCAGCAGAACUAGAAGCAGGACGCCAUUAAUUAAGGAUCAGAUUACCACAUAUGAAGCUAUCGUGCGCGGUCUUCAAUGGUGUUGCGUCCCCGGAUCUUCGGUUUCUGUUGAACGACUUUUCAGUCGACUUUGUGUAAUUUAUGGCAACAAGCGAAGAGGGCGGCUUCUCCCUUCCAUUGUGGAAGAUUUGGUGAAAGUGUACGACACUGAUCAACAACUGAUUACCUCUCCGCGUUUUCCAACUCGCUACACGCAAAAGUACGCGGAACGAAUGUGUGAAGAGGGUCGUCUUGAUGCUUCUGAAAGGAAAACCAGCUCCAUGCCGCCGCUUGAUGAAAAUAUGAAGCGAAGAUUUCGUAUCUACAUACUUGGCAUGACGGCGGUAUCAUUCGGUGUUACGCUUUAUCUGAUGACUCGAUUGGUGCUCAAACAAGCGGAGGCAAAUCCAGAAGUUACGCCACAAGCUAUUGCUGAGCCGGGAAUCGCGAUUGAUGAUUUUCUUCACAAUUACCUUGAAAAAGGAGAGGUCAGAAAGGUAGUAUUUUUGCCGCAUGAGAAAAAGGCUAUCGCCGUUCUGCAUGAUGGAGCCGUUAUUGGUGGAAGAAUGUCGAAAGACAAUGUCGUCACGGUAGAAGAUGGACUUGGUAUCCCCCUUUCUCAAGGAGUCGCCCUGCAGCUACAACAGACCAUUGACGUCUGGAGGGUUUUGAAAUUGACGAUUGGAAUGACGGACACGAUGCGUGAAGCGAUUGCCCAGUUGAUGGGCGCUCAGCGGGCAAAAGAAGAAGGCAGAGAUCUGCCUCUAUACAACCAUCAUUCGGUGUGCAGACCAUAUCUUCUAAGUUGUUGUCCGGGCGAUCUUUUGGGGGAUACAAGGUUGGAAGGGCUUGUUUCUUGUCGAAAGAUGCAUGAACCGACUCACAAAGCUGACUACGAGAAUGCUCAAGCACAGAAGGAUCAUUUCUAUGACAUAGAGCUUUACAACAUCUUGCAAGGCACAAUUCGCUUGGUGGAUGGUGAGAUUGAGAAGAUCAAGAACAAACUCGACCGAGACACGCGAGAUGCCGGAGAAAGCGCUGAAAUUGUGAAGAUGAAACGCAUUGCUGACAUUGAGGAGCAAAUCAAGUUGCUUGUUGGGGAAAUUGAAGAACUUGGCUCGCAGGGUAAAGUUGAGGAAUCAAUGCGCACCGCGAAGAAAGUCGAGGAGUUGGAACAAAAGAAAAACGAAUUGAAGAAUGAAGGAAAGAUGAACAUUCCAAUGACUUCUCAACAACGUCUUCGUGUUUGUGAUGACUGCGGUGCACAGCUCAAUAUCAUGGACCAUGAAUCGCGCUUGGCUGAUCAUUUUGGUGGCAAGAUGCAUUUGGGAAUGGUUGAAAUUCGAGAGCGUUACACCGAGAUGGGGAGCACCAUCGAUGAGCGUCGUAAGCUUUAUGGUGAGAAGAACGGUGACAGUGGAAGGGAGACACUG